UAUAAUUAUAAUCUAGUGUUCGGUGCCAAUGGUUGAAGAAUAUCUGUAAUUUUUCACUUUUACUACAGUUUUAAUUACUUAGCCUGACUUAUUCUUAUCGUAUACAAAUGUUUAACUAUAUAUUAUAUUUUGUCUCUUGUGCGAUUUGAUGAAUACAAGUUAAAACAUCUAUGCUAUGUAAAAAGAUGUAGUAUACUGUUUUGCUCUUCUUUCAUUUACUUAUGUAGGAAAAUGUAUUAUUGUAAUAAUUCAAUCGAGUAAAAUCAUUUUGGCUCAAAAUGAAACGUAUAUCGAAAAAAUGUUGUCUUUUGUUUAUACUAGCUUUUUUAAUGAUUUGUAUGUUCAACUUUUUUACAUCUAGACAUAAUCCGGAUGACUAUAAAUCUUUUGAAGAAGUGUGGAGUACAUACUACAGGUAUCCAAAGGAUGAUGGUUUAAAUGGCCCGAUAAUUUCAAUGAACAAUUCAAAAUUGGUAAAAAAACUGAGUGAUCAUUUUCUAGUCAAACCUUUACAAGAAAAUAAAGGUAAACGGUUGCAAUACAAGCUUUCCAAUAUGCAAUUAGUUGAUACAUCAAUGGGACAGGCUACAGAAAUAAGCAAAAUUAUUGAUUAUAAAAAAGGAGGAUUCUUUAUCGAAUGUGGUGCUUUAGAUGGUGAAACAAGAUCAAAUACAUUAUAUUUUGAAAGAUUUUUUGGUUGGAACGGAUUACUCAUUGAAGCUGAUCCGUUAAAUUUUGCUAAAAUGUUAAGGAAAGGUCGAAGAGCUUAUUUAUCACCGACUUGUUUAAGCAUUAAUCCGUAUCCAGAAAUUGUAUCUUUUCUUCAACGUAGCAAUAUGGGUCGAAUUGCAAGUGAUGAAGUGGUAGAAGAUGAAGUAAUACCAAAUGAUAUAGAGAGAAAAAAUGCGCCUAGAGUUAGAGUUCAGUGUUUUCCUCUUUAUACAUACUUGUUAGCACUUAAUAUUACAGUGGUAGACUAUUUCAGUUUGGAUGUGGAGGGUUCAGAACUCAAUGUGUUAAAAACAAUACCAUUUGAUAAGAUUGACAUCAAAACUCUGUCAGUAGAAUUCUUUCAUGUAAAAGAGGGUGAUGAUGGUGUACGGAAAUUUUUGGAAGACAAAGGUUAUAUAGUGACGGGAAAAGUGACCCGAGAUGACAGAUUAGCGAAUGAUUACAUAUUUGCAAAGCCAUCAGUAUUGAAACAAAACAUAUCGUUUUAUGAAACCUAAUAAGUGUAACACACACUAUACAUAAUGAAAAUAUAUUUCCAAUUGUUUGGACUGAAUUUAAUAAUGUGGUAAUUGAUAAACCUACAUUAUUACAAAUAAUCUUUAAACUUGCAUACUAAACACGUGGCCUUAUAAGAAUAUUAAUAAUUAUUUUGUUAACGUUUGUCUUGAACAAAUAAUAUUUAUUUGGAAAAUAUUUGCAAUAUAUACUUUUAAUUAUUGAUCAUAUGUGUAUUUGAUUUCCUAUCAA